UAACGAAUAAUGGAUAUUGAGGUUGAUUUCUGAUGAGCAUGAAUAGUAGAACAGUGAGAAACGUUUCCUUUCUUUUCGUACUGCUUUCUCCAAAGUAAAUGUACUGGAAAGGGCAAAACGAAGAAAUCGAAUUAAUGAAAAGAAAGAAAAAAAAAGAAGAUGAAAAAAAAGUCGUCCUUUCGUCCUUUCCAGUGGUUGAUAUAGCGGUUCGUAAGGGUCGGCCUCCUUUCCCUGGCGUCUAAGCUGCCAUAACCUGGUGAAAUGAGGUUCAGUUUGCUUCUCAAUAUUCUCGCGUUCAGCUCGGAGCAGGUUUCUCUCUCCUGAACACCGUUUUACGCAUCUUAGCCGGAUUCUUAACAUUAAAAAUGAUGAAAGCGAGAAAAAACAAUUACCUCAAUGCUUUUGACGGGGAAUCAAGUCAGUCUACCUCAGACGACGAUGAGUUAAUGGACUCGGAGAGUGAGACAAACACAGCAGCGAGGGACGACUCUCUGAAAGGAAGAAAAGCCGCUGUGUUUGAGAAGUUGACGAAUAUUCCAAGUAAACUUGACCAACCUCAAAGCCAAAUACCAACGUCUAAGCAUGACAUCAGUACUGGUAAUAUAGGCUCAACGGUUGAGUCCAAAAGGAAACGACAAGGGGCUACAGCAAGGGAGCGAAAUCUUCGGCGGCUGGAAAGUAAUGAAAGGGAGCGUCUACGAAUGCAUGGCCUGAAUGCUGCGUUUGAGGAGUUAAGAACUGUGAUUCCUCACAUCCAAGUGGAAAGAAAGCUGUCGAAGAUCGAGACAUUAACCUUAGCCAAAAAUUAUAUAAUGGCUCUUACAAACGUGAUUUGCGACAUGAGAGGGGACAAAAAGCCUUACAGAUUCAUCACCGCUGAAAUGGAUGAUAGUGAUUGUGAAGUAGGACAGACGAGUGAAGAACAAGCAAAUGCCACGGAGGACUAUGAGAAGCAGGAUUUCAGGAAUGAUUGUGAUUCUGCUGGAAUUCCUACUGCAUAAAAUUAUCGAGUUCGAUUAACCGGAAAGAAUCAAGUGAAAAAAAAAUGUAAUUAUAUUUGAAUGUAUCUCAAUGAAUGAAUGGAAUAACGAAUAUGAUUUUUUAAACUGAA